AUGCCGGCAUCCCGGUCACCUUCGCCCGAGAACGAUGUUUUCGCCAUUGACGCCACCCUCGUGCCGGAGCGCGACAACAAAAAGCCCUCCACCACAACCAUCACAUUUGACAAUCUCCUCCCCACAGACAAAGCUCUCCUCCUUCACGAAGAUCUUCAAGAAGGAUGCGGUGGUCAACUCUGGCCUGCCGGCAUGGUCCUGGCCAAAUAUAUGCUCACAUAUCACUCCUCACGCUCAUUAAGAGGGAAAUCGCUUGUCGAAAUUGGUGCGGGCGGAGGACUUGUGGGGCUGGCUAUCGCUUUAGGUUGUGAGCUUGACGAUGUUCAAAAGAUUUAUAUUACAGACCAAAUACCCAUGCUUGCGUUGAUGAAGAAGAACAUCACCUUGAACAAGCUCGAAUACAGAGUGGCCGCGGAGGUAUAUGACUGGGGCACUACGCCUCCGCCGUCGAUUCUUCCGUCCGGCUCAAGACACCCAGAUCUUGUCCUUGCAGCGGAUUGUGUCUACUUCGAACCUGCAUUUCCGCUACUUCUACAGACGCUUCGUGACCUUAUCGGUCCCUCAACGACGUGUUACUUCUGCUUCAAGAAGAGACGAAAAGCCGAUAUGAGAUUCAUUCGCGAUAUGAUGAAGACCUUCAAUGUAGAUUAUGUCGAUUACGAUGGCAAGGAGGGUGACCGGAGACAGGGAAUAUUUCUCUAUUCCGUGAGGAGGAAAACGUGA